CCACCCAUCAUUCAAUCUUUCAACUUUAUCAUCAUCUUUCCCAUGGAAAAUAUAAUAAUGCAGAUGCUCUUUCUAGACAACCCCUUUACUUUUUCUUUUUCCCAUGGCGUUGUUCUUAUCUACUAACACCCUUUCUUCUUCAUUCUAUAAAUAAUUCAUUUCAAUGUCUCUUUGUUCAUCAUUUUUCAUUCAAGUUCUUGAUUUUUCUUGUCCAAUAAUGCAAACUGGGCCUCACCACGCAGCAGAAGAAGAUGCCUUUCGCGAGGAAAAUAACAAGGUCGAAAUUUAUCCGAGAGGCUUUAAGAUCACAUGGGGCAACGAUGAACGCUAUUGGAAGAAACUCGAAGGGGAAAUAAAAUGUGAGGCAGAACUGAAGCAAGUUUCAUGGCUGGAAGUAGCAUGCUCAACUAAGGUGGAGUCUGGGAAGACAUAUAAAGUGGGUUUCGAAGUGUCAUUGAAACCAGAUGCGUUUGGAUGGAAGGAUGUCGAUGUUUAUGUGAUGGCCAAGGUUGGGAAGUCAGGGAAAUACAUUUAUAAGAAAUUCCAACUUCACAAUGUAGAGAAACUUACAAAGAUAAGAAUCCCUGAUGCAUUAAACGAACCCUUAAAAAUCAAGGCUACGACUCCAACAUCCGACAAGUCGAAAUCCCCAAAAAGCGAGGUUACGUCUCCACCACCCGACAAGUCGAAAUCCUCAAAAAUCAAGGCUACGUCUCCAACAACCGGCAAGAAGGAAUCCCCAGAAAUCCAUUUUGGUUUGUAUGAAGUAUGGAAUAAGAAGUGGAAGGGAGGGUUGAUCAUUAAGCACGCCUUCAUUGAGGAGACCGAACCAGCUGAUCCCAAAAAUGAGUCCUCCUCCUCUUAACCCCCCCGCCCUAUCAAACAAAUGAGGUUUCAUUGGAGGGUUCCUUAGGGCUGUGGGAAAAUGUUAAGCUCCAUCCUAUACUUAGUUUUAUUAUUGUUCUUAAGUUAAAAGACGGUUAUACUUAGUUUUAUUAUUGUUCUUAAGUUUAAAGACGGUUAUGGUUGAAUUAUGGUUUACUAUACUCUUUAUUAUACACAAAUAUCUCGGGUAACUUAUCUACUCUUUCUUU